AUGAAAGCAUUAAAUGAAAUAAAUUUGAAUACUAAUAAGCCAGAUGAACGAAAUGAAGCGAUUCAAAUACUAUCUCAACUUAAUUUGGUGUCAAAACUCCUUCAGUCAAAAAACGUGGACCUUUUAAAAGCUACAGACAAUUUAAAAAAUGCUAAAACAAAUUUAGAACAAUUUAGAAAUGGAUAUGAAAACGCAAAAGCUAAUGCUCUAAAUAUUGCUAGUAAAUGGAAAGUCAACCCAGAAUUUUCUAAUAAAAGGAAAAAAAUAAUAAAAAAACAUUUUGACGAACUCGCUCAAGACUUUAGCCAACUUCAUAACCGUUUUGUAGGAAUGAAUGAAGUGUGCAAUUUAUUUAAUUUUAUGAGCCCUAGUGUAUUAAUUUCUCUUCCAGAAAAAGAUAUAAUGGAAUAUUCACAAAAGAUUCAAUUAAGAUAUAGUAAUGAUUUAUCAGCUGAAUUUCCCCUACAAUUAGUUAUGCUAGUUUCAAUGACUACUAUAAAAGAAGAGUUAGCCAAGUUAAACUCAAUAAAAGAAUUUUUAGAGUUUUUAAUAAAACAACCAUUACUAACUUCAAGUGUUCCAGAAGUAGCAACCGCUUUAAUAUUAUUUUUAACAUUACCAGUAACAUCAGCCAAUGCCGAACGAUCAUUUUCAAAGUUAAAGUUAAUAAAAAAUUAUUUAAGAAGCACCCAAGAACAGGAACGCCUUAGCGAUUUAGCAAUCUUAGCCAUAGAAGCUAAAGAAGCAGAGAAAAUGGACAUAAAAGAACUAAUAAAAACAUUUUCCGAACUGAAAGCUAGAAAAAAAAACUUUUAA